GAGCGCCCGAGUGACAGGCAGCCUGUCAUUCAUCCGCCGCAGCCGAUCUGCUAGUUCCUGGAGGGCCGGAUCCUGCAGCUCCCGUUGCUCCUCGCAGGAAGAAAGCGGGGGCCUGAUUCGCAGCUCCACCGGCCCCUGAUUCCCUCCUUUUUAUAAAAAAAGAGAGAGAGGAGCAAAGUCUCUGUUUCCCCCCCCCCCACCUAGAGUGCGACACCUACUUUUCUCUUCCAGUUUUUUCUUCCUGGGAAUAGAAAGGAGAUGAGCAAACGGCCGUCGCUGGUUGUGUUUGACUUGGAUUACACCCUGUGGCCCUUCUGGGUCGACACCCACGUGGACCCCCCCUUCCAGAAAAACAGCGAUGGCUCGGUACAAGACCACAACAGGCAACCCAUAAAUCUGUACCCCGAGGUGCCGGCUGUGCUGGAGAAGCUGCAAGCUGAGGCGAUCCCUAUGGCGGCUGCCUCACGGACAGGUGAGAUCCGAGGAGCUAAUCAACUGUUGGAUCUCUUUGGCCUGAACCGCUUCAUCUGCUACGCAGAGAUCUACCCGGGCAGCAAAGUCACCCACUUCCAGAAGUUGUCUCAACAAACCGGGGUUCCCCUUUCGCAGAUGCUCUUCUUUGACGACGAAAGCCGCAACAUUUACGACAUCAGCAAAUUAGGAGUCGCGUGUAUCCUCGUCCCCAACGGCAUGAACCUGUCCCUCCUGAAACAGGGCCUAGAAGCCUUCGCUUGCUCCUGAGUGCCGCCUGCAGAUGACGCAAACCGGACACCCCGUUCUCUCUCGUCAUGUGUGGAGUGUGCUGGGGGAGGCGGGAUUUUGACCCCGUGCAAUAAAUCCUCUACGCGUUUCCCUGCCGUGCAACUCCUGUUCCCUAACAACUGAUCCACGUCCCCUCGAGAUGCUGAAAACUACAGGCACCGUGAAA